AUGAAUCUAUCAAUGGAAUUGGAAGAUGGCAACGGUGACUGGGAUUGCUAUUCUGAUUGUGAUUCAGAUUCAGAAUACUCAUACGAAACCAUAAAUACCAACGAUAGCGGUGAUUUCAGUAGCGAUGGCCUUUCUACCAUCGUUGAGGAAACUGAGAAAGACCUCAUGUCGAAGUGCUCGCAUGAUAUUGAUGCAAGCUUUCGUUCCGAUUUAGAUUCCCCCAUCCAAAUGCCACGUGCGACGAUCUCCUUGGGUGCCUUCCUCGAAAGGGACGAAAGGAGGUAUCAAUCUAAUAACCUCGAUGUCACCGCACAUGAGAUCAACAAUCUCGACCUCAACAGCGAGUCCGAGUCAUUGAAGGUGGAAGAAGUAUUCUUCCAGAAAUCAGUUAAUAGCUUUUUCACCCAAGAUGACGAUGCCAAGUCCUUCAACUCUAGCUCUCCGUCUUUCUUUCAGAAAUCAGCCAACAGCUUGAACGUUCAAGAAAUCUUCCAAAGAUCAACCAGCAGCUUUGCAACCCAAGGUUCAGACGCUAAGUCUGUGGACUCUAGCUCCACAACUGGCAGCUUUCGACUGGCACAACUGAAACUGAAAAAGUCUUUAUCCCUGCGAAAGCUGAAGACCGCCUACGAAGCCGCUGACUUCACUUCCUCCUUCCGAAAGGAUGAUGAAAAUGCGUCGAAGUGCAUCAGUUCGAUGGAACAGACUCUCUUGAAGUCGCCCGCAAGCGCACGAUCUUCAAAGGGCCAACUAGCCGCGAAAAAAAACUUACUGAAUGCAAUUUCUGUAUUGACGAUCUCGCAGGAAUAG